UCCUAGCGCGUUAUUUUAACAUUUUUAUUGAUUUAUUUUUUACACUUUCAGUCUAUAUCGUAGUUAUAGCUCGCACUGGAUUUUAUCUAAACUUGAAUUAAUUAAUACCCUAAAAAAUCCGCAUUUUCCUCUGUCUUUUUGUUGAGUUGUGCACCGAAUUAAGGAUUGCUAUAGCGGGCUAGCUUGUUGUUAGCUGCGGACAAAUCUGGUGCAGGCAGGUUUUGCACUGCUUCUCUUGUUUGGAAGUCAUUGUUCAUGGGCGGAAAGUUGUAUUUUAUAGGAGGACUGUAAAUAUCUUGCAGCUUUAUUACGGAACUGAAGGAUACGGAUGUACUGCAAUUAUGCAAUACUCUGAAUUCUGCUUGAGCAGCAUUUUGAUUUUAAAUCAGUAGCGUUGGACGACAAGCAUGGUAUUUAGACUUUAAGUCCCCCGAAUGCGUUUUAUCUCAAACCAUCCUAUCUUCUGUAUUGUAAAACGUGUUUUUACCAAUUGCUGGUAACAUUACUGUAUUUAUUGACCAAGAGGCGAACGUGUAUUUAAAUCCACAAACAUGGAUAAGAAAUCAUUUGAUAUCGUCUUGGAUGAGAUAAGAAAGUGUGUCCUGACCGAUCAACGGAUUAAAGCCAUAGAGCAGGUGCAUGGGUAUUUCUCCAGUGAGCAGGUGAUGGAGAUACUGAAAUAUUUCUCAUGGGCCGAGCCACAGGUCAAAGCGGUUAAAGCUCUGCAGCAUAAAAUGGUUGCAAUCACUACAACCAAAGUUUCAAAUGUUCUGAAUUGCUUCACCUUCUCAAAGGACAGACUGAUUGUCCUGGAACUAAUUGCUUUGAACAUUUCAGAUGCUCAAAAUUAUCGCCCAGUGGAGGAUCUGUUUCGCAUACACUUGUCUGAGAAGAAGCGGGCUCGCAGGAUACUGGAGCAAGUAUGUAAGGUUGGCUGCAAGGCUCCUGUAGCCAUGAUCUCCUCCUGUGGUAUGAUCCCAGGAAAUCCAUACCCUAAAGGUAGACCCAGCCUGGUCAGUGGCACAUUCCCUGGGAUUCCUCCAGUCAAGAAAGACGCAGAGAAGAAAGAGGAUACUUUGAACAGUCUCGAGGGGAAAGGAAUUUCCGCUCGAAUCAUUGGACCUUUCAAACCGUUCCCAUCAACCUACAACCCUCAUCGGCCUGUGCCGUACCCGAUACCACCGUGCCGUCCCCACGCCACCAUCGCACCCAGUGCGUACAACAACGCAGGCCUUGUUUCUGUGGGAGGGGUUAUUACACCCAGCGUGGCCCCUCCCCCCUACAACUCCACCCACAAAGUAGCAGGUUACGCCAAACCAGGCAAUCCACAGCACACCACACCUGGGGUCAACAGCGGGCCCCUCCUCAUUCCUCACGGGUCCACCACGCCUUCUACCCCCGUCCCGCCUCAAGCUUCUCCUGCUCAGCCACCUCCAACUACGCCCAUCACACCAGUUUUCCCCGGCAUGGUGCCCUCUCACAACCCCAAUGCCCCGCCUCACUCCCCUGCUCCGUCCCCAUCCGUGAUCAAAGCGGGUCCACAGACCCCCGGUGGCCAUGUUACACCUACACCCUCAUCCGUCAUUAAAACCCACACACCUUCAGGCACCCCUUGUGGAACUCCUGUCCCCGGCAGCGGGGGCUUCGCCACUUCCCCUUUCCACGCCAUCUCCCGACCAGGCACCCCUGCGUCCUCCCGCAGUGGCCCCGACCCUUUAUCGCAGACAAACUCCAUGGGCGCCAAUCAGCAGAGGGGUUUUUCUCAGUCCACAGAUCACCAGUCAGGACCCACCCACCAUGGCAUGCACCCACAAGCGGGUAACCCCUCUGGGUCGGUGAUCCGAAGUUACACCCCCUCUGGACAAUCCACUCCGGUUCUUCCGAGCUGCUCCACCCCGGGUCCAAGUCCCAAACCCUCCCAAGCUCAUCCGGCACAGAUUCAGGCUGCCAUGGCCGCGGCUGGAGCCAAGAACAGACACAGCGGGGGUAGCAACAGUGGCAGUGACAGCCCCGUGUCCUCUGCUUUUAAGGGCACCUCUCGCUCGGGCACACCUUCUUUUGUGGUGCAAGGUUCUGCCCAGGCGGCCCUUGCACGCUCCUUGGGUCUGUCACACCCGGGUUCUCCUCAAGUCUCUCUCUCUAGUCCUGUUGGUGUGGCCGGUUUCCAAGCUCUGUCCUCUAGCCAAGGACCCUCUCAUUAUCCGGGCCUGUCCCCUUUCUCCUCCCUUUCAUCCGCUCUCCCUCCUUCAUCCAUGCCUCCCACGACCAACAUUUCUAACCAUCCACAAAACUCCAUCUACUCGGGCAUGGCCUCUAAUUCUGGCCCCGGUAUGGCCUCCUCUUUCGGUCUGGGCCCCAGCUCCGCCCCCUCUUUAUUCCCAGGCCUUCCGCCUGGCGCUAGCUCCGGUGCUUUCCCAGCAAUGGGGGUUUCAGGAGGGCAUGGCGCCGGUAGCCCCGUGUUGUCUUCAUUCAUGGGCCUGCCAGGGGCCUCUUCGUCUUCAGUCGCGUCGGUGUCACCGCUGCAAACGGCAGCCGCGGCGGCCGCGACCGCGGCCGCAGCUGGUGUUCCGUCAUCGUCCCCAGUUUUACCCGGCUUUGCGUCCGCGUUCAGCUCCAACUUCCAGCCUGGGUUGAGCAGUGGCCUCCAGCCUCCAGGAAGCAGCGGGUUCCCCGGCUUGCUGUCCUUCCCCGGGGUGCCGGGCUUCUCUCCCUCGGCCUCUCCUGCAAACCUCGGUGGCCUCCACAACCCGGACAUGCAGUCUGCCCUGCUGCAGGCUCAUCAAGCAUCUGCGUUGGAGAACUUCCCUCCUCAGCCCAACAGCUUCACCAACUGCCCUCCAGGCCCAGGAAGCCCCUUUCCCCUCCAACCCGGCAUGCACCCCCAGUUGGGUUGGCAGUGAAACCCAACAGCACACUUUUUGAAACAUUGAUUACACUCUCGCGUCGAUUUCCCCCCAUCGUACACCCUGCCCGACCUCUCGGCAGGUGGCGCAAUGUAUUUUUUUGAAGGACGGAGGACAAAUUGAAGCGUUUCAAUAAUGUGUAUGUUACAGCCAGGUUACUUCUACAAGUAACACUUGAAAUAGUGUGUGUGUGUGUGGGGGGAGAUGGCAUAUGUCCUCCUAUUAUUCUUGGUGAACAGUUGUAAAUAUCAGUUGUCAAAGUGGUUAGGUUUUACAAGUAGACCAUGAAUGGUUUAAAAGUGAGCUGGACUUGGCUGUUUUUAAUCAAGUUCAUCAACAUUUGUUAGUGAAUAAUGAAUGAUAGAAAUGUAAAUUGACAAAUGUACAUGAUAUCAUGAAAUGAAUUGACAGUAUCCUCGUGUGGUAUAUUUCAUGCAGUCACAAUGGAAAGGACCUGCGUAUGAUACUGAUUGAUCUUUGUGUUAUGACAUGAAUUCUUUUGGUGGUUUAUGUUAUAUUGUGCUGUGUGACGCAGUCAUAUUUUGAGGGGGGGGAAACAUCAGAAAAUACAGUUUCAGGGGUAGGAGUGUUGUAUACAAAAAAAACUUGCAUUUGUCAGUUCCAUUCAUGUCUGUUGACAUUUUGGUGAACACCCACCUGACUGUCUGUUUACUAUGACUCACAUCGCUUAUGUUUACACAUUUAUUUUUGUUUUGACAGAUGUCACCCAGCUAGUGCUACGAUUACAGUUUUAACCAGAUGUACUGUAUGCAAGUUUAAUUGAUAUAUGGACUUGAGAUAUAAUGUCUAAUAUCCUUCAGUAAGGCUUUGCGACAUAGUGAAAACUGUAAUUUGACCUCAUUUACUGUAAAGCUUAGUACACUCCCGAGACAGUUGAGAGUAAUAGACGCGCUGUUUAAUGCCCUGUGUGUUUUCUUUAUGUCCUUGUUUUGUAUUUGCACCUGUUUUUGUUAUGUUGUCAGUAAACUGCUGGUUGCUGUCGCUGUGUCUCUUUAGUGCCGUGGCUAUAAGGAAAGCCAUUGCUCUUAAAGAGGCGGAACAAACAUCACCUGUUUAUGUGACUUUAAAAAAAUAAAAUAUCAAAUAUG